AUGGCGACGGCAAGGCUGCGCAGGGCAUUUCGCUACCCUGAUGAUUCAGGUGAUGACGAGCACGGUCGGGAGGAGCUAGACGAAGAAGACGACGUUGCUGACGGUCCGACAGAGCAGGAACGUGUGAUAGAGCAACUGAAAGCACUAAAUGAGAAAAGGAACUCUGAAUAUAGUAUCGUUUUUGCCGCCAUCCCGCUAUUUUCCAGCUUCGCUUUCAUUGCUUCAAUACUUUCGGGCUCCUCGAGCCUAUCUGAACGAUUUCUGUCUUUGCUCGGCGCCCUAUCUCUACUAGUCACGGCCUAUAUCAUGAAGUAUCUCCCGCUUGAACGCCCGGAUCCUAAGGGUAAGAGACCAAUGAUUACACCGCAUGCUAUGGCUAGCAUCCGGCCAUACAUCUUGCCUGUCAAUGCUGCGAUCUGCGUGCUUCUGGCCCUGGUCUACGCUUCGCAAUCCUCAACGCAAUCCUGGCUGGAGAUCCAGCCGGUUACCUACUUGGUUCCAGGAGCAAUGUUUGCAGCUGUAUUAGUCGCACGCAAGGUCAUGCUAUCAGUUGACCUCAAAGCGCUUGAGAACCUCCGCUAUGAGUACAAAGGAGCAUAG